ACUUGUAGGAAAGCCUCUUUGCAUUUAGACGUAAUUGAACUGGAAGGAAGCAGACUGGCCGGGGAAUAGGGGGAAAGAAAUUCUCCUGUUGCUCCUCCUCCUCUUUAUCACUUGCCUCCUGACUGUCUUCCAAACCAAGCUCAGCUGCAUCAGGGUGGCAGCAGAAUACCCUGUGCAAGUGCCAGCGUCUUCUUAGCAGCCCUGUGCAUCCCAGGCUGCCCUGUUAUCUGGCCACCGUCCCUGGCCAUUGGGACUGAUUCUGAUGGCUGUGGCCUCCGCUGCCCCAGGGAGCAUCUUCUGUAAGCAGCUCCUUUUCUCUCUGCUGGUUUUAAUAUUACUUUGCGAUGCUUGUCAGAAAAUUUAUCUUCGAGUUCCUUCUCAUCUUCAGGCUGAAACACUUGUAGGCAAAGUGAAUCUGGAGGAGUGUCUCAAGUCGCCCAGCCUAAUCCUGUCCAGUGACCCUGCCUUCAGAAUUCUAGAAGAUGGCUCAAUUUACACAACACGUGACCUCAUUUUGUCUUCUGAAAGGAAAAGUUUUUCCAUUUUCCUUUCAGGUAGUGAGAGACAUGAACAACAAGAGAUAAAAGUUGUACUGUCAGCAAGAGAAAACAAGGCUCCUAAGAAGAGACAUACCAAAGACACAGCCCUCAAGCGCAGCAAGAGACGAUGGGCUCCUAUUCCAGCUUCAUUGAUGGAGAACUCAUUGGGUCCCUUUCCACAACACGUUCAGCAGAUCCAAUCUGAUGCUGCACAGAAUUACACCAUCUUUUAUUCCAUAAGUGGACCAGGCGUGGACAAAGAACCCUUCAAUUUGUUUUACAUAGAGAAAGACACUGGAGAUAUCUUUUGUACAAGGAGCAUUGACCGUGAGAAAUAUGAACAGUUUGCGUUAUAUGGCUAUGCAACAACCGCAGAUGGCUAUGCACCAGAAUAUCCACUCCCCUUGAUCAUCAAAAUUGAAGAUGAUAAUGAUAACGCCCCAUAUUUUGAACACAAAAUGACUAUCUUUACUGUGCCUGAAAACUGCCGAUCCGGAACUUCAGUGGGACAAGUGACUGCCACAGAUCUCGACGAACCUGACACUCUCCAUACUCGUCUGAAAUAUAAAAUCUUACAACAAAUCCCAGACCAUCCAAAGCAUUUCUCCAUACAUCCAGAUACCGGUGUCAUCACCACAACUACACCUUUUCUGGAUAGAGAAAAAUGUGAUACUUACCAGUUAAUAAUGGAAGUGCGAGACAUGGGCGGCCAGCCUUUCGGUUUAUUUAAUACAGGAACAAUUACUAUUUCACUUGAGGAUGAAAAUGACAAUCCGCCAUCUUUCACAGAAACUUCUUAUGUUACAGAAGUAGAAGAAAACAGAAUUGACGUGGAGAUUUUAAGAAUGAAGGUACAGGAUCAGGAUUUGCCAAACACUCCUCACUCAAAGGCUGUAUACACAAUCCUACAAGGAAAUGAAAAUGGAAACUUCAAAAUUAGCACGGAUCCAAAUACAAAUGAAGGAGUGUUGUGUGUUGUCAAGCCAUUGAACUAUGAAGUCAAUCGCCAAGUUAUUUUGAAAGUUGGUGUAGUUAACGAGGCACAAUUCUCUAAAGCAGCGAACUCACAAACUCCUACAAUGUGCACUACAACUGUCACCGUUAAAAUUAUAGACAAUGAUGAGGGCCCUGAAUGCCACCCUCCAGUGAAAGUUAUUCAGAGUCAAGAUGGCUUCCCAGCUGGCCAAGAACUCCUUGGAUACAAAGCACUGGACCCGGAAACAGCCAGUGGUGAAGGUUUAAGGUAUCAGAAGUUAGGGGAUGAAGAUCACUGGUUUGAAAUUAAUGAACACACUGGCGACUUGAGAACUUUAAAAGUACUAGAUAGAGAAUCCAAAUUUGUAAAAAACAACCAAUACAAUAUUUCAGUUGUUGCAGUGGAUGCAGUUGGCCGAUCUUGCACUGGAACAUUAGUAGUUCAUUUGGAUGAUUACAAUGAUCACCCACCUCAAAUUGAUAAAGAAGUGACCAUUUGUCAGAAUAAUGAGGAUUUUGCUGUUCUGGAACCUGUAGAUCCAGAUGGACCUGAAAAUGGACCACCUUUUCAAUUCUUUCUGGAUAAUUCUGCCAGUAAAAACUGGAAACUAGAACAAAAGGAUGGUAAAACAGCCAUUCUUCGCCAACGACAAAAUCUUGAUUAUAACUUUUAUUCUGUGCAUAUUCAAAUAAAAGACAGGCACGGUUUAGUUGCAACACAUGUGUUAACAGUGAGAGUAUGUGACUGUUCAACUCCAUCUGAGUGUAAAAUGAACGAUAAAAGUGCAAGAGACGUUAGACCAAAUGUAAUACUUGGAAGAUGGGCUAUUCUUGCUAUGGUGUUGGGUUCUGUAUUGUUAUUAUGUAUUCUGUUUACAUGUUUCUGUGUCACUGCUAAGAGAACAGUCAAGAAAUGUUUUCCAGAAGACAUAGCCCAGCAAAAUUUAAUUGUAUCAAAUACUGAAGGACCUGGAGAAGAAGUAACGGAAGCAAAUAUUAGACUCCCCAUGCAGACAUCCAACAUUUGUGACACAAGCAUGUCUGUUGGUACUGUUGGUGGCCAGGGAAUCAAAACACAGCAAAGUUUUGAGAUGGUCAAAGGAGGCUACACUUUGGAUUCCAACAAAGGAGGUGGACAUCAGACCUUGGAGUCCGUCAAGGGAGUGGGGCAGGGAGAUACCGGCAGAUACGCGUACACAGACUGGCAGAGUUUCACCCAACCUCGGCUUGGCGAAGAAUCGAUUAGAGGACACACUCUGAUUAAAAAUUAAACAGUAAAAGAAGGUGUAUUUGUGUGGACAAGAUGAGGAGCAUAAACAUUGUGAAGACUACGUUCGUUCGUAUAACUAUGAAGGCAAAGGUUCUCUGGCCGGCUCAGUAGGGUGCUGCAGUGACCGGCAGGAAGAAGAGGGACUGGAGUUUCUAGAUCAACUGGAACCCAAAUUUAGGACAUUAGCAAAGACAUGCAUCAAGAAAUAAAUGUGCCUUUUAAUAGUGUAAUAUCCACAGAUGCAUAAAUAGGAGUUUAUUACAUGCAGAAUGUUAGCAGCAUCUGCUAAUGUUUUUGUUUAUGGAGGUAAACUUCAUGUAUAGGUAAGGGUACUAUAAAUAUGAGAUUCCCUUACAUUCUCCUUAUCUGGUAUAACUUCCGUGUUCUCUAGAAAUCAAGGUUUUGUUUGCUAAUUCUCUUUUAGGUGCAUGUAUAUAUUGCCCUAGUCAUGACUGUACUGUACACUUUCUUGCACCUCGUAUUUGAAAACUGAUGUUACUUUUUGUGCUGUGGAAGAACAUUUGGGAAAGCUGGGUAUUAUAGAGGCCAAUGAAAGACGAAUUUGUGUUGUAGAUGUACGAAUUAAAUAUUUUCUUCAAAAUCUUGGGGAGAAUUAUGUUCUCAGAAAUAUUUUCUUUGGGGCCAGAUAAUUGCAUUCUCUCCACCUGAGUGGUUUAAAAAGGACUUUUAAGUAUUCGUCAGUGCAGUCUUUAGUUUGGUGAUUAAGCUCAUUUCUCUUUUACACUUUUGUACUCCUCAGAGCAGUGCUCCCAGCAUUGUUUUCUUUCAGGAUCCUUCAGAGCACGGUCCUUGAACCUCUGCCCAUGUGGAUUUGUUAUCAGGUCCCUUCAACUUCUAGGAUUAUUGGAAAGAUAAGGACCAGAACAAGCUCACAGCAAACUUGAGGGGUAGAGAUUUUACGAAGAUUACCUGAGAAGAUUUCCAUGAAAGAUUUACAACCCUGAGGUUCCUGGGUUGACUUAGGCUCACAAAUAUGUUUCAUUUGCUCAAUAUGGCUUACUACUAACAUUUUAAAAACAUAAAUACGUUAGCAAAAACAUUCACUCUUGAGUUUGGCACAAGCCCACCUUAUCUGUGGUUGCCACCUGCCAUCUCCAAGCAUUUGGACAACUAGCCCUGAUGGCAUUAGGCUGCAACUCUGAUAUACAGAGAUUAGCACCUUGAAUAUGCCCAAAAUUGAAUUACCAUCUGUAUUAAUAGUUAAGACUCAACCUAAAUUUAUAGUUACUUUAAGAAAAUGGGCAGUCAGAAUUAGGGACUAGAAUGUUUAUGAGAAACCCCAUCUCUACUAAAAAUACAAGAAAUUAGCCGGACGUGGUGGUGCAUGACUGUAAUCACAGCUACUUGGGAGGCUGAGGCAGGAGAAUCGCUUGAACCUGGGAGGCAGAGGUUGCGGUGAGCUGAGAUUGUGCCAUUGUACUCUAGCCCGGGCAACAAGAACAAAACUCUGUCUCAAAAAAAAAAAAAAGAAAAAAUGAAAUCUAUUACUGCAACACUUACCAAACAUUUGUGGAAUGAUGAAAAUAUGAAUGCACA